CGACUAGUGUUGACAAGCAGGUUUCUUUAAAAACUGAGCUGAUAAAAAUGUCCACUUGUAUGUUUUACACAGUGUAUUAUUUUUGAAUGAAAAGCUGCAGACAUGAAGAUCACAGACAGCGUGUUUCGGAGUUUCAGGGUUGCCAGAACAUUUCGACAAAAUUCCCAAAAAGUCAACUGUGUGGACUUCAGCCCAGAUGGUGAACAUGCAAUAUCAAGCAGCGACGACGACUGCAUUGUGUUGUAUGACAUCCGAGAGGGAAAACCUAAAGGGACCCUCUACAGCAAGAAGUAUGGAGUAGAUCUGAUCCGCUACACACAUGGAGAUACACAGACAGUGGUCUACAGCUCCAACAAACUAGACGAUACCAUCCGAUACCUUUCACUUACUGACAACCAGUACAUCAGGUAUUUCCCUGGUCACACUGCAAGGGUUAUAGCUCUCUCCAUGUCACCAGUGGACGAUACAUUUAUCUCGGGCUCUUUGGACAAAACGAUCCGGAUCUGGGAUCUGCGCGCUCCAAACUGUCAAGUAGGUUUGACUAAUCCACUGGGGAAACCUGUUUGUUCCUUCGACCCUGAUGGGCUGAUAUUUGCUGCAGGAGUGGAAUCACAGGCCAUCAAACUAUACGACCUGCGUGCUUUUGACAAGGGUCCCUUUGCCUCAUUUGAGACAAAGUUCAAUCGCGCCUGUGACUUGACUGGAGUCAAAUUCAGUAACGAUGGGAAACAAAUUCUCAUCUCAACAAACGGAGGGAUAAUUCGUGUCCUAAAUGCUUUCAAUGGAUCUGUGCUGCAUACUUUUUCUGGCUACAACAACAGUAAAGGCAUCUCCCUGGAGGCCUGCUUCACUCCUGACUCUCAGUUUGUCAUGAUCGGCUCAGAGGAUGGGAGAGUCCAUGUCUGGAGCACUGAGAGCGGGAUGAAGGUGGCUGUGCUGGACGGGAAACACUCAGGACCCAUCAACACGCUACAGUUCAACCCCAGAUACAUGACGUUUGCCAGCGCCUGCACUAACAUGUUGGUGUUAGAUUCAUACAGAGAGCCAGCGUACAGCUGGGACAAGGAUUACGACCAGUUCCUGCUCCCUCUGCUCACGCCUCAGGAACCCUGCUACAUCCUCUACCGUCUGGACUCCCAGAAUGCACAGGGGCACGAAUGGAUCUUCAUCGCCUGGUCACCUGACCAAUCACCAGUGAGGCAGAAGAUGGUGUAUGCAGCGACCCGCGCCACCCUGAAGAAAGAGUUUGGAGGAGGUCACAUUAAAGAUGAAAUGUUUGGCACCGUGGAGGACGAUCUGUGCUUCCAGGGAUACCUGCGCCACAUGUCCUCCUGCUGCUCCCCCGCCCCGCUCACAGCAGCCGAGCAGGAGUUACAACGAAUCAGAGUCACAGAGGUCAAGAUCAAACAAGAAGAGGCCAAGCGAGCUCUGCAGCAACUCAAGCAGAGACGCAUCAACUACAUACAGCUGAGGCUGGAUGUAGAGAAAGAGACCAUUGAGUUGGUUCACACCAAACCUACAGAGACCCACGAGCUUCCCUACAGGAUUCCCUCAGAUUCUCCUAGAUACCACUUCUUCAUCUUCAAACAUUCCCACCAGGGCCAGCGGCAGGAGGCGCUGGUGUUCAUAUAUUCGAUGCCUGGUUACACCUGUAGCAUCAAGGAGCGGAUGUUGUAUUCAAGCUGUAAGAACCGACUACUGGACGAGGUGGAGAAAGACUAUCAGCUGGAGGUCACCAAAAAGAUGGAGAUAGACAAUGGCGAUGGCCUGACAGAAGACUACCUGUACGAGGAGGUGCACCCGAUGGAGCACGCCUUGAAGCAGGCCUUUGCCAAGCCCCGCGGACCGGGGGGGAAGAGGGGCAACAAACGCCUCAUCAAGGGCGCUGGGGAAAACGGGGAAGAAAGUUAG